UUCUCCUCAAGUCCUCCACUCAACAGAAGUCACAUACUUUUGAGUGUCCAAUGGUAGCUCUUGCAGCUGAGCUGAGUUCAUGGGAACAGAGAAGAGAAACUUGAGCUGAUGGUCUGUUCCCAGGACCUGAGGCCCUGACCACCAUGAGUCCCAUCUUUCUGAUGUCCCUUCUCUUUGGCCUGACUUUUGGGCAGGCAAUGUCUUUUUGUGCGCCCACUGAGUAUAUCAUCCACGUGGAGAAGAGAGAAUGUGCCUACUGCUUGGCCAUCAACACAACCAUCUGUGCUGGAUUCUGCAUGACACGGGACAGCAAUGGUAAGAAAUUGCUCCUCAAAAGCGCCCUGUCCCAGGAUGUGUGCACGUAUAAAGACCUGGUGUACAGAACAGUGGUACUCCCUGGCUGCCCACGACACAUCGUCCCCUAUUACUCUUACCCAGUGGCGACGAACUGCAAGUGUGGUAAAUGUAACACUGAUUACAGUGACUGCAUUCAUGAGACAGUCAGGACAGACUAUUGCACUAAACCACAGAAGUCCUAUAAUGUGUGAGCUUAUUACUGAAUGAGGUAGAAAUGUACCUUCUGCCCCACAGUUAGCUAGUGGCUAUCUAUAGCUGAA